GAGUAGGAGGGGGGGACGACAAUCCGGAUUAUUUCUAAAGGGCAAGCGUAGGAAGCGUUUUAUAUUCUGCUUUACGGGGGAUUUUUUUUUUUUUUUUUUUGGUUUAUAUUUAUAUACAAACAGCAAGCGGAGGCGAGUGAAUAACUGAGCGUUUCCUGUUCUGCUUUAUUCUGCCUGCGUGAGACAGAGAAGAGUGAAGACCAAAAAAGGAAUAUAUUAGUCUUAAAGCCCCGCUUGGUGCAAAGCAGAACGGAUCAGGAUUCCAAACAUCCCAAUGGCACCGGAGUGGCUCCAGGAUAAACAAUCGUUUGCUGGGAAAAUCUGAGAGCUGAAUAUUCAUCAUCAUCAUCAUCAUUAUUAUCACAAGGGGUUUGGUGCCAGGCUGGGGAUUUCCAAGCCAAGAACCAAAAAGGACUUUCCCUUCUUAUUCACGGUGUAUCAGUUUCUCUUUCCCCUGCAUUUCAACAUGUUGCACUAAGACAGGGGAUCAUCAUGCCCAGGGCUCCGGAAAGGCUAUCUGGUGCCCAAAAGCUACAAGCCAUCGUGGGGUUGUUGGGGACCCUACAUCUGAUGGCCGCGGCCGUCACCUCCAACUGGUACAACAGGAAAGGAUUGUGGCAAAACGAUUCGCCGUCAGAUCCCACCGACGUUACCCGGCUGACCAUUCCCAUGACCAACAGGCAGGUCAGAGGCGCUCAACUUUUCUUCAUCGGACUGUCCACUGUCAUGGCUGCUGCUGGCUUCUGUCUUUGCCUGGUUCUGCUGGUCUCUUGGAAGCCAACGCGGCGUUCCCAGGACGCUCGGCCGACCCCAAGCCCCGGGACCUUACUCCUGGCUGUGCUUCUACCAACAGGUUUGUUUUUUUUCUUAGGGUGGGCAGCGUUCACUUGGCAACGCUGGGAAGAUAUCCAGAACCAGCGAAUAUCCUUGGGUUACUCCUAUUGGCUGGGGGCCCCGGCCUUAACCAUGUUGCUUUUCAUCUUACCCAUCAUUUAUAUUAUAGACGAAUGCACAGCCAGGGAAGAGUCCAAAUCAGUCCGGGUUUAACCCCACCUAUGGGGCACACAGAGAUGCCUACUAAGCAAUAUGGCUGCCGGUUCUGAACAAAGAAGCAGAGCGCCGGGGGCUUGAGAGCAAACAAAACACCUUUAUUCGGUUUCUGAUAUUGUGGCAUCGGGUCUGGCAAA